AUGAUUUUCGUAUUUAUAGUCAAGAACACCGUCAAUGUUCCUCUCGACGAUGUUGGGAUGAGCGAUUCAGAUUAUUUGGCAAUCUUCCAACUCAUUGUUCAUCCCAUUAUCAACGAUUUCAAACCGGACAUCAUACUCGUCUCGUGCGGCUUCGAUGCUGCAUUAGGCGAUCCGGAAGGUGAGAUGCGACUGACACCAGCGGGUUACGCGACUCUUACCCGUCAGUUGAUGUCGUGGGGCAUUCCGUUGGCCAUGAUUCUGGAGGGCGGGUACUUCAUGGAUUCGAUCGCUGCCGAUUUUGAAUGGGUCAUGAAAGCUUUGCAUGGCGAUGAAAUCCCUGCUGUGAAGAUAGCG